GCGGCGCCCGCCCGCCGCCCGCCGCCCGCCGCCCGGUCCACAGCGGCCGUCCUUCCCCGCGAUGCCUUAGGGCCACCGAGCUGCACCACAGGACCCGGCCUUGGCGGCCUGCGCCUCUCAAGGCACCACCGCGGCGCAGGCAGCUGGCAUUGACGGGGCAGGAAGCCGCUCCGCGGGCUCCCCGGCCUCCGCAGCAGCCCACCCGCCAUGGAAGCCCCCGAGGUCCCUGUGGGCUCGCUGAUCGACUUUGGGCCGGAGCUGCCCACCUCCCCUUCUCUGCAGGCAGCCCCCCCUGCCGCGCAGGACAGGGACAGCUCCCUGGGAGACGAUGCGUCCGAGAGCGAGGCCACGGAGUCCGCAGACAGUGAGAACGACAUGGGCGAGUCACCCUCGCACCCAUCCUGGGGCCAGGACCGCCGCUCCUCCUCCAACGAGUCCUUCUCCUCCACCCAGAGCGCCGAGUCCGCCCCCGACGCAGAGAGCCUGGCACUCCGGGAGUUCAUGCGCGGCUACGUGGAGAAGGUCUUCUCUGGAGGGGAGGAUUUGGACCAGGAAGAGAAGGCCAGGUUUGGGGAGUACUGCAGCAGUGAGGACGGGAAAGGCCGCGAGUGGUUUGCGCGCUAUGUCAGCGCCCAGCGCUGCAAGUCCAAGUGCGUGUCCGAGCCCACCUUCUACCGCCUGGUGCAGUCCUUCGCGGUGGUGCUGUUCGAGUGCCAUCAGAUGGAUGACUUCGGCCCCGCCAAGAAUCUCAUGACCAUGUGCUUCACCUACUACCACAUCGGCAAGCCGCACCUGCUCCCCUCCGAGCCCAGGGAGAGAGCUGCUGGCAGCAUCGACUCCUACCUGAAGUCGGCCAACAGCUGGCUGGCGGAGAAGAAGGACAUUGCCGAGAGGCUGCUGAAGAACACAGAGAACAUGAAGGGCUUCUUCGGGGGGCUGGAGACCAAGCUCAAGGGACCUUUGGCCAAGAAGAAUGAAGAAGAUGAGAACAAACCCAAGGACAGGCAGCCCAAGGCUGAGACCGUGUCCAGCCCCGAGGCUGAGCAGAAGGGGGAGAAGAUCUACCUGUACACACACCUGAAGCAGCAGCCCAUCUGGCACACGCUGAGGUUCUGGAACGCGGCCUUCUUUGACGCUGUCCAUUGUGAGAGGAGGAAGCGAUCUCCCACCACCAGGGAAAAGUGGUGCCACAUGACCCCGGAGGAGCGGGACGACAGCCUGCGGUUCAAUGAGAACAUCGCCUUCGGGCAGCUGGGCACCUUCACCCACAACAUGCUGGCCUUCGGCCUGAACAAGAAGCUGUGCAGCGACUUCCUGAAGAAGCAGGCGGUGAUCGGCAACCUGGAUGAGGAACAAUACAAGCUGCUUAGCGACCACAUCGAGCAGAUGGCCGCUGAGUAGGAGGCUGCGGGCCUCCACCAUAACCCGCAUGACAGCAGCGGCACCCGGGCACCCGGAGCUGCCUCCACGUAGCGGUUAGAAGACCCCCGCUGCCCGCCCCAUCUGCCCCCGCCCCUGUACAUGGCGUCUCGGGACCUUCUGCCCCCAGUGAGCCAGGCUUGCCAGACGAGACCGAGGGAGGAAGAGGAGGAGAAGGAGGAAGAGGAGGAGGAGGAGGAGGCGGCGGCGGCAGCCCUGCAGGCUGUGGCCAGGGCCUGGCGGGCACAGGGUUGCGGUGCAGCUGUGUCUAAGCAGGUGGCUCGUGGCUGCUCGUGGCCGUUUGUGGCUCCCGCUUGGCCCCACCUCCCACCGUGAUGGGACCCUGGAGCGCAAGGAGCUCAGGGAGGGGACAUGCACUCUGUGAGAGAGACAGGGCCGCGCGGGCCUCCCUGCCCCGGACGGGCCUCCCUGCCCCGGACGGGCCUCCCGGCCCUGGAGGCCGCCGUGGCGGUGUGUGACACCUGCCAGACACUCCGGCCUCGCCUGGCAUCUCCGUAGACCCUCAGACUGUCUGCCCAGCCCAGCCUCCUUCAGAAGUGGAGGAAGUUCCACGCAUCACAGGCGGAGGGCUAGGCAUCCGUCCGCACAGCUGCGAUGGGAAGGCCCCAGCAGCGGCCCACGCGGCCCUUCCUGCAGCCUCGCGGGCUCUGGCUGCCCCGGGGGCUGAGCCAGGGGCUUGGCUGACCUCUGAGCAGACUGGUCUUGAUUGACUGAGCUCUGAGCGCGGUGACCACCACGGAGGCACAUCCACCCUCCACAGCCCCGGGCUCUGUAGUCUCCCUCCCGUCCCCCUCUCCCCCAGUCAGAAGUGGCCUCAUCUAGCCUGCGGGACAAAGGCGUGGCCCGAGGCCCCCCCCCCCUGCGCUACCUCUUUUCUGCUCCUUCUCUCCGCUGACCUUGAAUGCCUCCUUUUGCCCUUCAUGGCCCCUCCUCCCUCUAUUCAGUCAUGAACUGUCUGUGAGAACCGCAAACCCACGUCUGUGCCCGAGGCUUCCCCGAGGGCCGUACCUCCCAGAACGUUCUAGAGCGGAGCAAGGCUGGGCCGUGGAAUGUGUGUCCUCCAGGAGGCUGGGCUUUGGGCAGUGCCGGGUUGGGGCGCCGGAGCCAGUGGCGCCCAAGCCGGAGGCCGUGGCUCAUGGGCAGGAUGGGAGUGUGCUCGGCUGCGGCAGCCUGCUUGCUGGGGUGCCGCCUCGGACACUGCGCUCCGGCCCUCCCCUGCCCUCCCCUGCCCUGCCCUCCCCUCCCCUGCCCUCCCCUGCCCUGCCCUCCCCUCCCCGGCCUUCCCCUGCAGUCCCCCGCUGUGCUCCAGGAGCCCUGAGUAGGAGGAGGUCCCUGGGCAGCAGCUGCAGGGUCCAUGCCGGCACCCUGACUGAGCUUUGGGGGAGAGGAGCAGCCUGACCUCCCCUGGCUGUGCCAGCUCCUCGGCACUCAGCCCCACACAGACCCUCCAAACCCCAGUGGCUUUCUGUUGUCCCCCCCCAUCCGCACAUGCUAGCUCCUGGGAGGGAAGCUGCCCUCCACGGGCGUGGCCUGCUGCGCUCAGCCCCGGUGCUGCUCCCCAGGACUCGCUCCCAACCCCCCAGCAUGCCAGCGAAGCUGCUGGAGCUCCGGAGGUUGCCCCAGCUUGGGUGAUCAUUUUGCUUUGUGUAUCUCUCCCCCCCCCCCCCCCCCCCCCCGUGCAUGGAGGAAGGGUGGCAGCCUGUCCCCCAGCGGCUCUCCUCCCCACCGCACAUCUCCUUCAGGCCCAGCAGGUGGGCUGGGGCCCCUGGUGGGUGCACACUGGCUGCUGCGGCCACCGGCUGAGCUCAGGAGCAGAGGCUUGGUGCAGGGAGCUCCAAAGUGAAGUGCGGUCCCGGCAGACACACCCGGAGCCCGGAGCAGCGCGGCCCCUAGCCGCGGAUUCACGUGUCCCUGUCUGACCUGCAGGGACCAGUACAGUGCUGUCUCUCGCUCUCCCCGUCCCUCCCCACAAUGUCAGAAAGGUGGCCAAGAACAGCGGAACCUGCCCCCCCUCAGGUGUAUUGCACUUUAUCUAGAAAGAUCCACCCAGCCAGGCUCCUCCCCGCCUUGCUCUGGAUGCACAGCACACAUGGAAAGAAGGGCGCCCGGCUCUGGCGGUGGGGCCUGCCCUGGGAGCUGAGGCCCGAGGGUGGACACGGGGGGAGAGAGAGAAGGUGCCCUCCCUUAGGGCCUGCUGUGGGAGGGGCCGGAGCAGGGCUGGGUGGUCUUGAAAUGGACGAGCCCAACGUUUGGCCCCCCCAGGGAGUUGAGGGGGGACCCGGUGGUCUGAGCCCCCGGCCACGCCCGGAGCACCCGUGACGGGGGCCGCUCCCCACCCUGUGCCCCCACCCUCGGACUGUUUACAGCAAGCCCCUCGGCCACCACGCCAGGACUUGGGAGUCACGUGGCUGCAUAACCUCGUGUCCUGUAAGUCACGCUCUAAAAUUCCAUUUCCAGGUUGAGAAAGUGUCAGGGCAGAAGGUCUCUGAGCGGCUGGCACUAAACCUGUCUCCUGCCAGAAAAAACACGCAUCCAGCGCUCCCUGGGCUCCAGGGCGGGACCUGAAAUAAACGAUCUUUCAAAAGCCA